GCAACCGGGCCGGAAGUUAGCUGCCUGUCUGACUUUACACACGUCUCUAAGGCGAUGCCGUCAACCUCCUUGAGCUCCCCAUCGCCGACACAGCGCUUACUUGGUUCUGCGCAGCUGAUAUACACCAGGGCGCGGAAGCAGCAAGCGUAUCUCAGGGAUCCCGAGUUGCGACAGAACGCGAAGCACGCCGAUCAUGACACUUGCUCGAUGGCGGUUCCAGUGUUACUAAAGUAUCGAUUCAAUAAGCGCUACCGACAUCUGUCCCUCGAUGCGUCGCUCGCUCGACAACGAGUAGCUGGAGAAGCCCGCGCGCUGAUGCGAUGCCUACGAUCCGGUGUGAACGUGCCCGGAAUCAGAAUGGUCGAUGCGGCCGAGGGUGUGUUGGGCCUGGAGUGGGUCGAUGGUAAAUCAGUGCGAGUCUUACUUCCGGGAGCGUCAGAGGUUAUGGAGGCCCAGGAUUCCGAUACAACUGAUGGCGUUGGCCGUGAUCGUUGUGAAGGUGCUGCGCUUGCAGAAUUUGGUGUCGAGCGAGACGAUCUGUUGAGUAUGAUCGGCGUCGAAAUAGCAAAGAUGCACAUCGCGGGCAUCAUUCAUGGCGACCUGACCCCUUCGAAUAUGAUGCUCCGCAGGGGGAAAAGGACCUGGUCUGUGCUGAUCGACUUUGGUCUCGCUUACCAUUCUUCGCUAGUGGAGGACAAAGCGGUCGACCUCUAUGCGCUCGAACGCGCUUUCGCAUCAACGCAUCCAGACGCGGAGCCGCUCUUCAACUCAGUUCUCGCUUCAUAUGAGAAACGUCUCAAAAAGCACUGGUCCGCAAUCAAGAAACGGUUGGAUGACGUUCGCCUCAGAGGUAGAAAGCGCAGUAUGGUAGGUUAAUUCUGAGUCAUAAAGGAAACCUGUAAUCUAUUAGGACCUCGGUGUUUUGUUUUGUCUUCCCAUCUGCCUUCGCACCAGCAGUAUUUUCGGAGCCUUUUUUCUGUCGCACGGAAAUCUUCAAGGCAUGCGCAAUAUGUACUUGUAUGUGUAACUCAUACUACCACGGCCGGGCGACGGGAGUGGGUCCGAGUCAGCGAUAAUAAGCGUGGACGUGGUUAGGCUUGGAUUCAACUGAUUAGUCUGAUUAGGUGGAGAGCGACCGUGACAUCAAGAUAGCUGUUUGAUUUCUACGGUACGCUCUCGAGUGUGACUUGCUACACCCUCGCAGAGUCGUCGCAACUCGUGCUUACCCUCGUCGUUC